CAGGUUUGGCCCUUUUGCAGGUUUUCCCGGCGCAGUUCUCAGCCUGGCAUCGGCGGGGGUCGCUCCCUUUAGUCGGCGAGAAAGAAACCUGAAAACAUAUGGAAAUAGGGAGAAAACCGGGGGACAUCUCUGACCGGCGGCGACACGUGCUCCUCUCCUCUCCCCCUCCUCACAUGAGUUUUUGAAGAGGGAGGGCAGGGCAGCUUGUGCAUCUCAUCGUCUUCCUCAUCGGGCGUCGGAGCGCACAGCCGUGUGUGAGCCAUGACUCUGAGCUCAGAGAUGUCGGAUGCCUCCAUCCUUUCGGAAGAGACUGACAUCGACGUGGUCGGAGAGGGCGAGGAUGGAGACAACCAGACGCGCUCCUACGUGGACGAGGUGGCGCAGAUGCACGACGGCAUCCUCCUGGCCGGCUCUCCUCCUCCGUGCCUGGACAGCUCCACCUCCUCCCGGGAUACCUACAAGCCGGCGGGUAAGAACACCCUGGUGAAGCCCCCUUACUCCUACAUCGCCUUAAUCACCAUGGCCAUCCUGCAGAGUCCCAAAAAGAGGCUCACCCUCAGCGAGAUCUGCGACUUCAUCAGCAACCGCUUCCCCUACUACAGGGAGAAGUUCCCGGCCUGGCAGAACUCCAUCCGACACAACUUAUCCCUCAAUGACUGCUUCGUCAAGAUACCGAGGGAGCCCGGGAACCCGGGGAAAGGCAACUACUGGACCUUGGACCCGGAGUCAGCUGAUAUGUUUGACAACGGGAGCUUUCUGAGGCGGAGGAAACGCUUCAAGCGGCAGCAGACGCAGGACUUGCUGCGGGAACACAACACUUUCAUCCCGGCAGCGGCUGCGUACGGCUACGGACCGUACGGCUGCGGCGGAUACGGCAUCCAGCUCCAGUCCUACCACACGCACUCUGCGCUUUUUGCUUUCCAGCAGCAACAGCAGCAGCAACAGCAGCAGCACUCCAGGCACACAGGAACCAUUAUCCCCUCACCGUCUCUGAUGCCCACCACCACGGACUUAGCCCGGAGUAGGUUUUACCCUCAGCUCAGCUCCAGCCUGGGCUCAGCCAGCGUGCAGGCUGCGUCCCCGGUGCAGAAGUCGAGCUCUCCGGUGCAGCGCUCCCCCUUCUCCAUAGAGAGUAUCAUCGGAGGGUCGCUGAGCCCCUCCAGGACUUCUCCGGUCGUUGUCCCGGUCUUACCCUCCUCUCUGGGGCCUGCAGCCUCCAGCCAGCCGCAGAGCGUCCACCCCGGAGCCGUUAUACACCCGUUUGAAAACUUUCCGAGCAGAGUUGUGAGCGGCACUAGCGCCUGUUAAAUGUCUUAACUACAAACUUUUUUCAAGAAACUAAAAACAAAAAAAAGAAACAGCAUCAAAAACAAAAAUCAGCCCUCUUUGAAGGUAGGAUUAUUUUUGUAUGUUUGUUUGCUAGCACGCAGCUGAAUGAUGGACAUACCGAUCACUAUUUGUGCCUAUAUUCAUGCUGUUUAUGGAGAUAUAUUUAUGUUCAGAAAUGUCAAUCAGACUUUUAAACCACCAACUUUUCCUUGUAUUUUCCAUGAAGUGAUUCGUUUCAGUCACUGUUUAGGGCGUCUCAGGACUUAAUGGACAGGUUAUUAAAUGAUCACAUGUUUUGUUUUUUUUUUAAAGUAAAAAAAAAAAAUAGGCUAAUAAUGUAUUUGUGUCAAACACAUCCAUGUUUUUUUAUUAGUAAGAAAAAAAAAAUCAAAACAAGGUUUGGAGGUUUUGAUUUGAACUUUGUAUUAAAAGAAAAACACAGAGCAAAGUCAUAGCCUACAUUUAUAAUAAUAAUAUGCAGUGUGUGUUUAUUUCAGUAAUAAAACAUUGUACAUUUUUGGCAAGUAUUGUGUAAUUGAAGUGUGAUAUUUUUACACGGUUUGUUUUUCAACAAAAAAUAAAUAUCGUUUUGCAAAAAAAAAAAAAAAAA